CCAGCCACUUCGACCGCCCCUUUCUCUCCCUGGUGCUCUCUCCGUUGCCUAUCCCCUACAAACACACAGAAGCCUUAGACUGAGGCCUUGGGUAACUCCCCUGGAUAACCAGCUACUGAAGUCUGAAGAGCCACGCUUAGUGCUGAACACACUCUCUCCUCCACAGAAAGGACAGAGUAGCUUCACCGGCUCAAGCCGAGCCAGCCUCAGGUCAACUGGACCCUGAGGACUAACAUAUCGUGUGUUUGUGCUACUAGUGCUGGUAGCAGAUCUCUCUGUCUCUUUCCUGGCCUGACAGGGUCACACAGCUCUCAGUACGCUCCUCUCAUGCUGACUGAGAAUGGAUAACAUGCAGGACGGGGUUCAGAUCGGAGACAAAAAGUUCAUCAGCAAGGCAACAGUCCUGUCCCACCUCAAAACCUACAACCUCUAUUAUGAUGGACAGAACCUGCAGUUGAGACACAGAGAGGAGGAAGGGGAGCUGAUCGUGGAGGGUUUGCUGAAUAUCUCCUGGGGCCUGCGUCGACCUAUUAGAUUGCAGAUGCAGGACGAUCACGAGAGAAUCAGGCCCCCUCCCUCCUCUACCUCCUGGCACUCUGGCUGUGCCCUGGAUAAUCAGAGUAGCAAUGAAGGUACCCAGCAGAUCCCGCCCACCAUAGAAGUGACAGAGCACGAGAGCCAAUCAGAGGACAGCAUUGUGAAGGAGGAUGAGGAAGAAGAGGAAUAUGAGAGCUCCACCCAGCUGCUGAGGACGAAGAGCGAUGCUGGGGUUCUGAGGCGGGGCCAGCGCCGGUCGCCUAGCGACCAGAGAAGGAUACGUCGACACCGCUUCUCCAUCAACGGACACUUCUACAAUCACAAGACUGCAGUCUUCACUCCAGCGUAUGGUUCAGUGACUAACGUGCGGAUCAACAGUUGUAUGACCACGCCCCAGGUGCUGCGAGUGCUACUUAACAAGUUUAAGAUUGAGAACAGCCCAGAUGACUUUGCGCUGUACCUUGUACACACCAGCGGGGAGCGUGUGAAGCUGAAGCGCAGUGACUACCCCCUGGUGCUGCGUGUGCUUCAGGGUCCAUGUGAACAGGUCAGCAGAAUCUUCCUGAUGGAGCAGGACCUGGGAGAGGAAGUCACCUAUGAUGUGGCACAGUAUAUUAAGUUUGAGAUGCCGGUGCUGCAGAGCUUCAUCACCAAGCUGAAGGAGGAAGAGGACCGGGAGGUGCAGAAACUCAGGAGCAGGUAUACAUAUCUGCGGUGUAUCAUAGAGAAGCAGUUGCAUUGUCUUCCUGAGGGGACCACCUGUAUGUGACCUGGUUUAGCCACAUCUUCACAAAACUUUCCCAAGAUCUCCCAGACCUCCUCAGCGACCCCUCCCCACCCCUGACUCCAUCCCAAGCACAAAACAGGAGUGACCAAGAACCACCCAGAGGCGAGGCACCCAUUCCAACCUCACUUUAUCUUCCAAGACCUCCGUAGGGACAGUGUACACAUUGUGAAGCAAGCCACCCUCUUUCCUGAUUCCUGCUGUUUCCGUACAUACCAUUUACAGACAGUACAUACCCACAGGUCAUAGAAGUCUGUUCAAUCUAGUUUUGAUUUACAUUUGGUUUAGUUGUCAACUAACGUGAAUUGAACUUGAAAUCAACAAACAUUUUCUUUAUAGGUGGUUGAAAAAAAGACUAAAUGCCCUUACAUUGAUGACUUUUUGCAAAUCCAAUUAGUUUUCCGUGUUGAUUCAACGUCAUCACGUUGAUUUUUGGGGUUGAAAUGAUGUGGAAACAACAUUGAUUCAAUCCGUUUUUGCCCAGUGGGUAUCCUCCUUGCCGUCCCCAUCCCUUUCUGACAUACCUGCCCCUCGGUAGUGUUAUCUGCGUAUUAACUGUACCAUGUCAGCAAUAAUAAUGGUUUGUGGUGAAGGUAAAGGCUGGCACUUUUCAUAUGGGGGUCUGUAUGGGGCAUUGAGCCUUCCCCAUGUUCUAACAUACCACUCAGAUGCACAAGAAUUUAAAGCACAAAUCCAGCUUUCUCAGUUCUUUUGAGUUAGACAGCACUUGAUCUCUCGCUCUCUAAUUUUCCUUUUAUCAUUCAACAAUUUUGCCACCUGCAGAUAACUAAACUUGUCUCACCUUUACAUCUCUCUCAAAACCAGAACAUACCUCAGACUCAGUGACAUCACACGCUAGAUGGGUUUCUCACCCAGCCAGUCAGUGAGGGAGUUGAAUGACUCCUGUCCUGUGACAGUAUGUGAUGUUGAAACAUGCCUGUCACGCCAGUGUGUUACAGGACUCUCUUUAUGAUCAGCUCUACUGAGGCUGUAACUGUAAUGUAACUUCAUGAUUGUCCACAGUUAAUCUGAAACCACCCCCUAACCUGUUCUAUUGGAUGUCAAAAACAUGUAAGGAUUUCUGUUACCUGUGUGUUACGCCUCGAUCAGACCGACAGCGUCAUUGCAUCAAUGCUGCGUAAUAAAUUCUGCAGUCAAACUUUUUCCAAUAUGUAAUCCAACAUUUGUACUGGAUAUGUGUGCAACAAAAGUUCAACAUUCACCUUUUGCUACUAUUUCUGUCAAGUCUAUGCAUACAAUUUGAUGCAUACGUUGGAUUUAUCCAACGUAUGCACCACACAGAACACAGAACGCACUGCAACUGCCUCUG